AGAUGAGCUGUUGCACAGGCAAUGAUUCCUUGAUUUUCGGAGCUUCGGAAACAACUGCAAACCGCAGCUUUCGCACGACCCUAAUUUUCUUACUUCUUGACGCCGGCACUAGUACACUUUAAAGACAAAUAAACGUGGACAUCAAAGAUGAAGAUUCUUCAUGUAACCUCAAACUACAGUAAUUCAACAGACGCAUGCAAAAAUUUUAAACGAAAAGCUCGGCGUCGUCUUAAACUUUUGAGCGAGGAAAAGGGCAUUCGCGACUCUAAAAAUAUUGUCGACUCGUUGGGACUUUUUGUGGAUGCAGUUUAUGAAAAUGGGCGAGAAAAACAACUUCAGCCUUUUGAUUCAACUGCAUCGCGUGGAGAACACAGACGAAAUUCGGACAUAGUUAAUACUAUUGAUACAAAAACACAUAGCAUGUCGACAUUUCCUGGCAGUAUCGCGAAAAUACAGGCACAGUCCAUUUUGGGGGCAACAGUUAAAGCCAGCGACACAACAUCGUUACAGGCUACAAUCUUUGACAAUCAACAAGGGUUUCCAAAAAUUUAUUCGCCGCAGUCUUGUAGUGGGUUGUGCAAACGUUCAGAAAAGUCAUUUUCCUCGAGCUCUCAGGUACCAUACAUCAGUAACAAUGCUGAACCGACAGACUCAUCUAGGAAACGACUGGGAGAGACGUCUGGAAUCGUCAAUGAGAUCAAAGCAGUUCAACAGACACGAAGACUGUUGGCCAAUGCUCGUGAACGGACCCGGGUGCACACGAUUAGUGCAGCUUUUGAAGCUCUGCGAAAGCAGGUGCCUUGUUAUUCCUAUGGGCAGAAGCUCUCAAAGCUGGCUAUAUUAAGAAUUGCAUGCAACUAUAUUCUGUCCCUGGCUCAACUUGCAGAUCUGGAUUAUUCACCAGACCACAGCAACAUAAGCUUCAAAGAGUGUGUUGAGCAGUGCACCAGAACCCUCCAGGCUGAGGGGCGCUCCAAGAAACGAAAGGAGUGAAGACUGCCUUUGACAAAAGAAGACUUUCAAAUAAUUUCAUUAUUAUUAAAGCAAUGAUUUUUAUGUAAACACUAAUUACAUUUUAUUAAAAGUAUUAGAGCAAGCUUUCAAAUCUUGUCAAAGCAGCAUGCUGUACCGUUACUUAAAAUAAGGCUUUUAGAAGUAAUUCUGCAUAGAUCAGAUUUGGUUAAACCUUCUUAAGAAUAUAAAAAAAACACCCAAAAUACUAUUAUAGUUUUUAAAAUUUUAUCAUUUUAAAUAUUGUAAUGUUCAUUAUUUCAGACUUCAGACAUUGCUGUGUACAUUGCAAAAUGAAGAGUAAAUUGCAAUAUAUUGUUUUAAGGUGUGCUUUAAAGUGUAUGCUUUUAAUGCAUUCAAUUAUAUCUUUUUGCAUUUGCCUUUUGACUUUUAAGUUAAUAUACUGUAAGGUGUUUAUUGUAUGUUUAAUGCAUAGAGAAAACUCAUCUAGAACAUUUAGCUUCUAUUCAUAAAUAAAUAAUUAUUAAUGAAAUAGUUUGGUAAAAAAUAUAUUAUGUGAAUACAUUUGUGAUUAUGCUUAAAAUCAAAUGUGUACCCAACACUAUAACAAUCUGACAGGCUGGAUUUAAACAUAUACAAAUCUGGGCAUUUAUACCUGUUUGUUCAUUUUGUGUUGGAAAGUAAAGGGUUGGACUAAAAAAGCCUGCCCUCUGCUGGCAGUAGAAUAAACGGGGACAGUCUGUACGUGACAAAGGUCCAGAGCAAUUCAAUUCAAUGUGAGACCAAUUUUAAAUGACAGUAAAAAUGACCAGUCACAUCUUCCCUUUAAAUGGUCAGGGCAGGCUAUGUAUAGAAUAUUCUAUCAACUUUUCCUAGUUAUUUUGCCUUUGUUCAAACUUUUUGAAAGUGUUCUGCAGGCAUUCAAUGAAGACAUUGAAAAUCUUUCUUUCUGUCAGUUAAAUAAAUAUUCACACAAAAUUA